CACUUCAUUUCAACCAGAACGGAUACAAGUUGAGCUCCGGAAGCUGGACACUUAGAUCUUAUUCAUCAUGUGGCUUAUAUUGUGGCUAUCUUUGGCGGCAGGAUUAUUCGGAUUUGGUUUAGCGGACAGCAAGUACAACGUCACCUAUGCAGAUUUGGACAAGUGCAAACAGUACAACGCAGUAAGUGGUUACAACUACCACGCCUAUUUCAAACUGGCGGAUUUAGACAAUCACAACCCGGAUAAUGAAACAGUCGUCAAUCUUCGGUUGUUCGUGGUGACCGCCAAGGAUGCCCACGUGCUCCUUUCGGAUUCGGACUCGAACAGUCCCGAAUCACAGGUCUACGAGAUAGUUAUCGGCGCGGGAGCAAACACAUUCAGCGAGAUAAGAAAACAGCGCAAGAAAAACCCGCUCAAGACGAAAAGCACGAAGGGAGUGCUGUCUGCGAUCGAUCCGCUACCGUUGAGAAUACGAAUAACGAAGCAAGGCUUGAUCGAGGUCGGCAUCGAAGGGCAGGAGCUACCGCUGAUGUCUGCGUCCGAUAAGAGCAUCAUUGAGGUUAAGUAUCUGAGUUUCAGUUCUUGGGGAUCUACGAUGGCGAAGUGGUUCUACGACUGUCCCUCGGAUGAUGAAACAACCACGGAAUUGGAAUUAUUCGAACCAUCGAAGGAUCUGAGUCCCAGGGAAAAGCUUAUCUACGACUUACAGUUGAAUACAAGCUUUACCGCACCCGAACUGCACACGCCGGUAGAAAUCAAACAGCUGGUAUUCACUCGUGUUGCGUACGAUUCCUGGAAGAAUACGCUGGAAACGAGGUUCUUUCUCCGGGCGUCCUGGUUCGACAACCGAACUACCUGGAUUCCGGAGGAUCAUGGCAACAUCACCAGGCUGGUCGGGUUUCAGUAUCUUACCUGGACGCCGAGUGUGUUCGUUAGAGACGAUGCCGAAUCAAAGCUGAACGAACUGUACGGACUGGACUACGUAUCGUUUACCUACGACGGGCGCUUCCAAUGGGUGUCGAAAGAAAUCUCGACGGAAACGUAUUGCGCGCUACGCGAAUCGCCCGAUUGGCCAAACGAGGCCAACGAGUGUGAUCUAGCGUUGGCUACGGAACAUGCUUCAACACCGCUGAGGAUUAUGUCCGAUGCUGUGAGCUUCCAUCCGAACAUCAUCCAAUCGGACUGGAAUGUUGAAAAGAUCACCAAGCAUGAGCUCGAGAAUACGCAUGAAAUAUUUCUGCUGAAGGAUGGAAGCCCCCGACAGGAGCAGAUUCUUAGACUACAUCUACGACGGACCAACGAAUUUUACGAUACCAUUCUCUAUGCGCCUUACUUUGUGUCCAGCGUGAUGAUACUGGUGGCCUUCUGGCUAGAUGGGAUGCUUAGAGUUUUUGUGAACACAAUUGGAACACUGAUGCUGAUCGCUACGUUCCUGCAGAUGUCUGUGUUUGUACCGGCGACGAUGAAUCCCAAAAUUUUCGUCUUCUUCCACUACAGCCUGAGCUUCUCAUUCGUCUGCGUAUUCCUGUUCAUCGUUGAUAAGUGUUUGCAAUCCUACGGUGGAAAAAUGGCACCCGAUUCAUGGCUGAACCGCCUGGUUAGUUAUCCGUACUUGCGGAUCGCUUUCCGAUUAGAUGGCGGAGCGAAUUACGAUAGCUUACACCGGAAAAAUAUCGAAAAGCGUGACCUGGUCAAAAUUUUGGAUAGAGUGGCCUUUUUGGCCAUGGCCGUUGUACUCGUGGUAUCAGUCUUCAAAAAGAUGUAAAAACGGAAUUAAACAGGUUUGAAUG